AGAUCAUUUUCCCACCCUUCUGCGAAGUUGCAAGUCAUCAAAACUCACCAAUCAGGCUGAUUUAUCUGUUUGCUUCCACAGCAAAAGACCGAUCUCCCGACACCCAUCUGCUUACCUCAUCAGCUUCUCUCGCCCAUUCUUCCUCAUCAUCCAACUCCAUCUUGCGUGACGAGUGACUGUGCCGUAUAGGCAGAUCUGCUUCUUUUGCCCUUCUCUUGAACUAGCUCGAAUUGAUUGCGUCCUGUGUGUUUUCGUUGGGCGCGUCUUUGUUGUCUUGUCCAUUCCCAUACUCUCAAUGCAGCCAGCACUAGCACCAGCACCGCAUCCAAGCAUGCAAACUUCUGCUCAGGACCAUGCGGAUCAGGUGCUCCAUGAUCAGCUUCUAGCUGCUCAACAUCAGCAUCUGACGCAUCCUCAGCAAGCUCGACCCCAGCCUCCUGCGCCGCAACCUCCGCACAUGCAGCCCAAUACGCCGGCUCGCGAUCAGAAUAACAUCGAUCCUGCCAUUUCAGGCGCUACCAUGCUGACCGGCCCACCGCAAACUCCCACCCAGCCUGAUGUAACUGGCCAGGAGACCUCGAAAACCUACGGGAAACGGCCGUUAUCCACCUCGAAACGCGCCGCGCAGAACCGUGCCGCGCAGCGGGCGUUUCGCCAGCGGAAGGAAGCGCAUAUCCGGGAGUUGGAAGGCAAGGUGAAGGCAUACGAGAACAUGGGAGAAGCGAUCAAAGCUCUGCAGGCAGAAAACUACCAGCUCCGGGAGUACAUCAUCAACCUGCAGUCUCGCUUGUUGGAUUCUCAAGGCGAGGUUCCGGAGCUGCCUGGCAACAUCGACCUGAGUCAACCGCGGACAACACCAACCUCCUCACGCUCAAGCCCCACCUCGAAUGACGAUAUGAACUCCUUGAACCGCAUAGCUGUUGCCGGGCUUGGUAUGCGCAAACCUCCUACCGAAGAGGCAAAUUAUCUCGGCAACAACUUUCAGGCACAGGCAAGGCGCGUCCGUCCUGACGAAGCACAAGCCGAAGCUUCCGAACUGCCCAAGCAGGAACAAGCGCAUGGGCUCCCGCUCAUAUCAUAG